GCUGACGUCACUUCCUGCCCCUCCACCCUGGUGUCUAUUUUCAAGGCUCCCUUUACGGGAAGGGAAGCCAUGGUCGAGCUGAAAGGAGAAGAAGGAGGAGAAGCCCCGAAAAAGGCCCAGCAGACAGGAGCGGGCCCUUUAAAUAAAGCCCAGGGGGGGGUCGAGGGUCUUUUGCCCGGUGUCGGGUCCCCUUCGCCGGCCAAGAGGUUUUCUCCGGCCAAACGGAAGCAGCAUUAUAUCAACCAAGCGAUCCGGAACUCGGACCUCGUCCCUCGAGCCAAAGGCCGCAAGAGCCUGCAACGGCUGGAGAACACACGUUAUUUAAUGACGCUUCUGGAGCGGGACGACUGCUCCAGCGAAGACGGGGAGUUUCCCUCACCGGCCGCCCCCAGCAUCUUCGCCCAGGCCUGCAAGAACGAGACCUACAUGAAGAUCUGGAACGACUUCGUGAACCGCUCCGGCGAGGAGCAAGAGCGGCUCCUGAUCUUCUUGGAGGAGAGGAAGAAGAAGACCAAGGCGGACGGAGACUGGAAAGAACACCCCGUCUUCACCCCGAAGGAGUGUUUCCAGCGCAUCAGCCGGCGUUUGCGGACAACCCUGAAGCGCAGCCGGAUCCCCAGGGAAACCCUGGAAGGUUUGGAAGAGGACUUGCUGGCCUUUUUCUCCGCCAACCCGCACGCCGUUUACACCGCGAUGAUGGAUGACAGCUUCCAUCGGCUCCUGCUCCACGCUCUCUGCCAAUAUAUGGACCUCAACUCCGCCAGUGCCAACCACGAAGGGCAGCGUCAGAUGAAGGUCAGCAACAAGCGCCGGGAUUUCUGGCGCCCGCAGCUGCUCCUCUCGGCCUACCUGGAGCAGAUGAGCUGACGGGGACGAUGGGACCGCCAACCCUUUUCCCCGAAUGGAUGAUGGGAACCCUAGCCCUUCACGUAUAUGUGUGUCUGUGUGUGUGUUUGUGUAUCAAAUGGCAAAGAGAUUUUUGCAGAAACCGUUCAUCGGAAGCGGAUCACUCUCUCAGACUUGUUUCCAAGCCAUGGAUGAUGGGAUCUCUUUUUUUUUUCUUUUUCGGGGUGCUAUUUUAAUGCCAGAUUUCAGAGACGUCCGACAGCAAAAAAAGAAGCACAACCUUUUGGGAGUCUUUUUUAUAAUAUAUAUUAAAUAUAUAAUAUAAUAUAUACAUAUUUACUAUAUAAUAUAAUAUAUUAAAUAUAUAUAAAUAUAUUAUAUUAUAUAUUUAAAAUAAUAUAUACAUUAUAUAUAUUUAUAUAUAUAUAUAAAUGAGCGUAGAUACCAGGCUUCAGCCCUCCGGGUGUUUUGGACUUCAACUCCCACAAUUCUUAACAGCCAAACAGUUUUGCUCACUGUGACAUCACACAGGGCCACUUCACCUGUCAACACAGGGCCACUUCACCUGUCAACCCAAGCCGACUUCACCUGUGAACACACGGCCUCUUCACCUGUCAACACACGGCCACUUCACCUGUCAACACACGGCCACUUCACCUGUCAACACACGGCCACUUCACCUGUCAACACAUGGCCACUUCACCUGUCAACACAUGGCCACUUCACCUGUCAAUAACGGGCCAUGUCGCCUGUCAACACAGAGGCACUUCGUCUAUCAUCACAGGGCCACUUCACCUGUCAACACACGGCCACUUCACCUGUCAACACAUGGCCACUUCACCUGUCAACACACGGCCACUUCACCUGUCAACACACGGCCACCACCUGUCAACAGGGCCACAUCGCCUGUCAACACAGAGGCACCGUCUAUCAUCACAUGGCCACUUCACCUGCCAACACAGGGCCACUUCACCUGUCAACACAGGGCCACUUCACCUGUCAACACAUGGCCACUUCACCUGUCAACACGGCCACGUCGCCUGUCAAUACAGAGGCACUUCGUCUAUCAUCACAGGGCCACUUCACCUGUCAACACAUGGCCACUUCACCUGUCAAUAAAGGGCCACUUCACCUAUCAGCACCCAACUUGCAUCCAUCCUAUUAUUUCCCUCUCCGCUGGGUAAAAAAUAUGUUAAUUGAAUAAUACGUCCAUUCAGGCCAUGUUUAUAAAUUUGUGUUUUUAAACCUUCGGAUCUGGAUUCAUUUUAUCCUGCCUGCAAAUAAGCCAAAAUAAUGGAGUUUUGGGGUUUGCAAAGUUUUAAUUCUCGCUUUCGAAAUUGCAGAACGCCAAUCUUAACCAUUUUUGGGGGCUUCCGGCCAUUGCGAGAACCCAAUAUUUAUAACCGCCGAUCGUGUGUAAAUAAUAAAAUAUGAAUGCUUUUAAGAAAA